UGCUCGGAUGUGGAGAAGGAAGAGAGAGACGGAAAGGGAGGAUAAAAAAGGUGCAGAAGAGAAGCAGGGGAACAGCCUGCGAAAAAUACCGCUGGAGAUCCGCUGCUGGACGCGUCCUGGAGGGGGAAGAGGAGAAAGAGAGUCGGGGAUGGAGAUGCAGUGAUAAAGCAGCAAAGAGACUGAGAGAGGAGGAGAGGGGGAGACAGAGGGAGGAGAGAAGGGCUCGUCGUGCCUGGACUGGACCGAGGCGAUUUUUUAGGGGGGGAUCUAAAGUGCUCCAGGCCCUGCUCCACCGCUAGCAUGGGGCGCGUACAGUAAUAAUAGCUAGGUUGGGCUGGGAAUCAUCCGGAUUAGAGUUUUCCAUGCACAUCCACGUCCCUCUGUGCUGUCCGCUUCUCCACUCAUUCCCUCAAGUGUCAUUGCAGAAAGGAAGGCACAAGGAGGCUCACAUUUGGAGGUGGCAAACAUGGAUCAGGUACUAUGUAUCAGAUGACAGGCUUUUUUUUGCCUUUCCAUGGGAGAUAGCUAACCUAGCUACCUAGGAUCGAGCUGGACACUAAAUCUAGGUCAAUCUAGGUCUAGUCAUCACUUCCAGAACCUAGCUAGCUACUUAAUGAAUUAGCUAAAGCAAUUCUUUAGCCAUUUUUCUUCCCUUUUGAAGAAUGUCUGAUGCAUCCUGGCUAAGUGGCCAAUCACUGACAGGCUGACUCCUGCUUUAUUAGCUAGCUUAUCUAUCUAUCAUAGCUCUAUAUAUAUAUAUAUUAGAUAGCUGCCUCCUGCUGCUGCUUUUAUUGACCACAGACUCAUGAUCAUUAGCAUCAUCAGCAUUAUCAUCAACACCAUCAUAUUUGCCCCAUCAUAUGCAGGUGUUUAUUACUAGCUAACUAUAUAACGUUAACCUAGUUAGCUAGGUAGCUAGCCUAGCUCUGCGAACCACAGGCCGGUUUCAUAGCUAUCUAUAUAGCUUUAUCUAGCUAUAUAAUAUUAGUUAUAUAGUCACAAUUUGCUGCACAGUAACAUAAGGAUGUCUUUAUGUCUCCCUAUAUCAUCUUUCACCUCUUUAGCUAGCUUAGCUAUCCUACGUUAGCUAACCGAUCUGUAAUUAUAACCUAGUUAAUAAUUAUAGCUAGCACCAUUAGGCUACUACUAUUAUUAUUAUCAUUAGAAUAAUAAUAAUAAUAAUAUCGUUAGGAUAAUAUCCUUAUUAUCAUCACCAUAUCCAUCAUAACCGUUGUCUUUGCCUUAACACCGUCCUCUCCACGUUCUGGAAGCACCACAAACCAGCAGCCCCGUGUUUUUCUGAAGAUAUUCGCCGGUUUAUUUGCUGCAUUCGAGACAAGCAAGAGCAGCAGAUGUUUGGGAGCAGCAGGCCACGGCCCUGACGUGAGGACUACAUCUCCCAUUAGCCCCCGCGCGCUCGGCCGGCGCCUGGGGCAUGUUGCUGCGGCGCAGCUCGGACCGACAGUGAAGUUUUUUUUUUUUUUUUACUGUUUUGUUUUGUGUUUUUUUCGCAUUGUGUCGCCGAACAAAAACACGCGGAUAAAACAGAAGAUAAAAAAACGAAAUGUCCACCAAGGAGGUCUCGGGGAGUCCACCAGCCCAGUAUGUUGGGCCGUACCGGCUGGAGAAGACGCUGGGGAAAGGCCAGACAGGUUUGGUGAAAUUGGGAGUUCACUGUAUCACUGGACAGAAAGUGGCCAUAAAGAUUGUGAACAGAGAGAAGCUGUCAGAAUCUGUUCUUAUGAAGGUGGAGAGAGAGAUAGCCAUUUUGAAGCUAAUAGAGCACCCCCAUGUCCUCAAGCUGCACGACGUCUACGAGAAUAACAAAUAUUUGUAUCUGGUAUUGGAGCAUGUGUCUGGUGGAGAGCUGUUUGAUUAUCUAGUGAAGAAAGGUAGACUGACCCCUAAAGAAGCCAGAAAGUUCUUCAAGCAGAUCAUCUCUGCACUGGACUUCUGCCACAGUCACUCUAUAUGUCACAGAGAUCUGAAGCCGGAGAAUCUCCUGCUGGAUGAGAAGAACAAUAUCAGAAUUGCAGAUUUUGGCAUGGCUUCUCUGCAAGUGGGAGACAGCCUGCUGGAGACCAGCUGUGGGUCUCCUCAUUAUGCGUGUCCGGAGGUCAUUCGGGGUGAGAAGUAUGAUGGACGCAGGGCAGAUGUGUGGAGCUGUGGAGUUAUCCUCUUCGCUCUGCUUGUGGGUGCGCUGCCCUUUGACCAUGAUAACCUGCGGCAGCUCCUGGAGAAGGUGAAGAGUGGAGUGUUCCACAUGCCUCACUUCAUCCCCCCGGACUGCCAGGCUCUGCUCCGCGGCAUGAUCGAGGUUAACCCGGAGAAACGGCUCACGCUGGAAGCAAUACAGAAACACGCUUGGUAUCAGGGUGGUCGGAACGAGCCAUGUCCAGAGCAGCCUCCUCCGCGGCGCGUAUGUGUGAAGCGGAUUCUGUCUCUCACAGAGCUGGACCCUGAUGUGCUGGACAGUAUGUACUCUCUGGGCUGCUUCAGAGACCGAGUAAAACUCACACGGGACCUCCAGUGUGAAGAAGAAAACCAGGAAAAGAUGAUUUACUAUUUGCUGCUGGACAGGAAGGAGCGUUACCCCAGCUAUGAGGAUGAGGAUCUUCCACCUAGAAAUGAUAUUGAUCCUCCCCGUAAGCGUGUGGACUCUCCUAUGCUGACCCGUCACGGUCGCUGCCGGCCGGAGAGGAAGAGUCUGGAGGUUCUGAGUGUGACUGACCAGGGCUCACCUACGCCCCCCCGCAGAGCACUGGACACAUCUGCACACAGUCAGAGAUCCCGUUCAGUUAGUGGAGCUUCGACGGGUCUCUCCUCCAGCCCCCUCAGCAGCCCCAGAAGUCCCGUUUUCACGUUCAGCCAAUCAGAGGUCACUUCUGCCUCCAACACCCAGUCCAAAGACCCCAAAGCAGGAAGCGCCGCCACCACGGCCCGUGUGGCCCCUCGCGUGCCCGACCAAAAAACCCAGACGCUGCCGUCCAAGGCGGCGUCCGACCGGCCCCACCUGCAGUCCAUGAAGUCCCUCCCCCUGCAGACGCCCCCCUCCCCGUCCCCCUCCCCGUCCCCGCUCCUCUCCCCCAUCCCUCGCUUCUUCUUCUUUCCCGCUCCCUCCUCCGUCCUCAAGUCCGUCACUAAGACCGUCUAUCCUAACUCUGCCCAUGUGUCACAGGUCACCCCGCAGGGCUCCCCGCUCCCCACCCCCCUUGGGACCCCCGUGCACCACCCCCAGCACCCCUCUCCCACCCCACCCUCUUCCUCCUCCUCCUCUUCCUCCUCCCGAGCCGAGGGGGGUGGUGGUGGAGUGGCCGGCGGCUCCCUCUCCCUCACUCCGCCCUCCAGUCCCGGCGGAGGAAGCGGAGGAAUGGCCGCCAGUAGCUCCGCCCACUGGAGGACCCGCCUCAACUCCUUCAAGAACAACCUGCUGGGCUCGCCUCGCUUCCACCGCCGCAAGCUGCAGGUUCCUACAUCAGAAGACAUGUCCAGUCUUACCCCGGAGUCAAGCCCAGAGCUGGCUAAGAAGUCUUGGUUUGGGAACUUUAUCAGUCUAGAGAAGGAGGAGCAGAUUUUUGUGGUGAUCCGAGACAAACCCCUCAGCUCCAUUAAAGCUGAUAUUGUUCAUGCCUUUCUCUCAAUUCCUUCCCUGAGCCACAGUGUAAUCUCUCAGACCAGUUUCCGGGCGGAGUAUAAAUCCUCCGGAGGUUCAUCCGUCUUCCAGAAGCCUGUCAAGUUCCAGGUGGACAUUGCCUUUUCUGAGGGGGCAAGAGAACGAGAGCGGGAGCGGGAGAGAGAGGGGAAAAGGGAGUCUGGGAUUUACAGCGUCACUUUCACCCUUAUAUCAGGUCCUAGCCGCAGGUUUAAGAGAGUGGUGGAGACCAUACAGGCCCAGCUACUCAGCACUCAUGACCAGCCCUCUGUCCAGGCCCUCUCUGAUGAGAAGAAUGGACUCUCUUCUCGCCCCCCAGGAACGCCCACCAGGCAGAACUCCCGCCGCUCAGAAGGAGGCGGAGACCGCGGAGAAAGGGCGGAGCGCGGAGAGGGAACCAGUAUGGCGGGAAGCGGAGGUGUCCUUCAGCGCAGGGGGUCCGGCAAGGACAAAACCCGCCUCCUCUCCUCCAACGGAACCCAGUCUCAACCCUGAGAGAACUCUCCGGAACAAAGCAAGAACAGAGUGGGCUGGGACCCAGUCUUUACCCUCGACACCGGAAACACCCCCCCUCUUUACCUACAGUCCCCCUCGGUCACAGACAACACACUGCGCUCACACACAACUAUCGCUAACGAGAAACCUGUAGAAGUCCUCUAACUUCUGGUAGAGGAACGUGGAGUGCAUCUAGAAGAAAAUGAAUGAUCUUACUCACCGGGAAUCACCUGGAUGCAUAAAAUCCACUUGAAAAGCUGGAACUAUGAUGUCACUCGCGCCUCAAAGCUACAGGAGAUCUCAAUGGAAAAGGCAAAAACACAGAACUUGAAGAACAUCUCAGUGUAACCUUCAGAGAAGUGUCACAGAAAUCUGAAGGCCUGAGAAAUAAAUACAUAAACGAAUAAAUAAAUAAAUGGAUGAUCUGGAGCCAACACUAAGCUAUACGACCCACAAACUAGUUUCACAAACAAUCACCUAAGGAAUAUACGGGAGGUGGACAGAAAUGAUUGUGUCAUCAUCAUCAUCGCCGUCAUCAUCGUCAUCAUCUUCUUCUUCACUAUCAUCUUCACCGUCAUUAUCGUCAUAAAGAGAAAUAUACGAAAAUAUCACAGAAAUGCUGUAAAUUGUGAUUUGUAAGGACGAAUCGGAAGUCCAGUGACAAGAAAAGGAGCCAAAUCAUGGAAUUAAGAUGGAAUUAGGAAUGAGAAGAUAAGAAGAAUCCAGAAUUUUUACCCCAAGCGGCAGCUUGAAUUAAAUAAUUAACAGACCAGGAAGCUCUGUAGAACAAGGGAAAUCAGCACAAGGGAAAUUGCGACAGAGCCACAGUUAAGCAAGGCCACCACGUGGAGAAAUACACAUACUCAAUGUUACAAGAUGUGGUUUCACUGAGAACAUCAGUCUAAAGUCUUAUGACUUCUGAAAAAAAUCAUAUCAGAGGGUCAGAUUCAUAAAACAUAGCACUGAACAGGCUAGACAAUAUUUCAAUAUCAGUAUCAGUAUUUAUCCCGGUAGAAAAUCUUUAAAUUAAGGUAAAACAAUUUUUAAACACAUUUCCAGAUACAGAUGCAUUUCAGUGUACAUCUUUUACAGCCUAUGUCACCGACAUACAAUGUACAGACAUACAUUGUGGGCAGUCAUGGCUGUUUUUCCAUAGCUUAUAUGUUAUUCAUAUCAAUACCAGAAUCAUAUCCUAUCAACCAAAAUGAAGAAAUAUAUUGUCAUAUAAAUUCUGGACGCGUCGUCCAGCCCUAGGUGGAGGUGAUCAGCACGUCACUCUCUCCCUAAAACCAAGGCAUUUUACCACAUGACCUUGGCACAAGCCAAUCAAACUCUAAAUGUUUUGUAGUUAGCCAUAUUAUUAUGACCAGUCUUUGAAUAGAGUCUCAAAAAAGGAAAUCCCUGUCAGGCCCUAUUCACUUAUCUCUGUCUGAGCAGUGUUUCUGAGAAAAAAAAAAAAGUCUUUAUUCACACGACAACAGGAAACGACCCAAGUGUCAGCCCAACAGGAUGCUCCAUCACUUCAUGAAGUUUGACGUUAAAUCAAUCGAAGAAACAGCGUAACGUCCAAAACAGACCUAAAUACAGCGUUUUUUUUCACUAAUAGAUGUUUAAACACCAGGUCUCCAUAACUUCUUCACACCUACACAGGCUCCAACAUUAACUUGCACAAUUUACCAGAACAAAAAAAGCUUACUUUUUUUUUUUUUUUUUACAAUUCAUACACAGAAUUGUAGCUUUUUGGAAAAAAAAAAACUAAAUCUGAGUAAAACCCAUUCAGUCACAGUGUAAUGAUAAAAUAAACUUUAAGUUUUUAAAUAUUAAAAGUUCUUGAAAAUCUAAACACUAGAGAUUAUUAAUGUCAAAACAUUUAGAAUUUAGUACAAAACAACAACUUAUUAACAACGAAGUAACAAGCAUAAAUGGCAAAUAAAAUCAGCAUUAUCAGUAAACAUGUACACCUGUGUUUGAUCUGAUUGGCUGAGCCUUUAAAGCUAUAAAGCUGUUGUGAAUAAUAAUCAAUAUUGAUUAUGUGUUUCUGUAUGUAUCUCUCCUCAAUAACUGAAAUUCUCAAUACUGUCCAAAAAUGUGCCUUUUAAAUAUAUGGGUUAAAACUUUUAAACUCUACGGACCUGAAUGUUGGCCCAUACUUCAAUAUCUUGCCCUCAAAUGACAAGUUGCAUAAUAAUUUCAUUGUAGUUAAUGAACCAUUAAUGGUAGUUAGAUUUAGGUAGAUUUAUUAGUGUCACUGAAAAUAAGUUAAGGGUUAAUCAGGUGAGUGUGUGAACACACAUUAGUAGUUAAUGAAGGAAUAAAGGUUGUGUUUUAUGAAUCUGUUCCUGGCAGUUUUCCAAAGGAAUCCACUAGUGAGGGAACAUGUCUCAGACCACAUGUCCACCAACAGAGGUGGACACUCACUCGUUUAGAGGUGGUAUUUGGAGCUCUUGUCCUAAAGAAAGAGAAGGAUCUCUUGGAAAAGAACAAAAACCCACAAAGGAGUUGAACCACCAGGAUCUGCAGCCAACUAGGGACAGUGCGGUGUUUCCACUGUUGCCUCUGGAAGUGGAGUUUUCGUCACCAAACUGAUUAAAUACAAGCAAGUGAAUGUCAAAAACACAAAGUAUUUAUUUGAUUUAAAUAUAUGUGUUUAUUUGUAUCAUAUGUUCUUAUUUAUUCUUUUAUUUAUUUAUUUUAUAUCUAUUUAUUUAUUUAUUUAUUCGUCAUGGAUAUUGGUCAGCUCAGAAUGGCAGGCACAUCAGCUGUGGACCAACAAAGCCACCAGAAUGGAAACCCCGGUGGAUUCUUGUAAAAUUUGUUUUUGUUUUUAUUUAUAUUUUCUCCUAAUUUAUUAAACCAAUGCUGCAAAAUAAGUCCUUUAAGAUA